UAAACAGCCAGUCUAUCCAACCAGAGAAGCGAUCGUUGUCCCACCGGGAAUCAGUUUGCGGGGAAAAAAAAUCACUGGCAGGAAGGGAAACCAGGGACGGGUCCGGCUCUUUGCCUGAAGCUAGGGUUGAGGCCGCGGUCUUAGGGAGAGGAGGAGGAGGAGGCGGCGGCGCCGCUCCAGACGCCUGGUCGGGCGGGGAGAGGGAGCGAUGGCGCGGCGCUGGUAAGCCCAGGCCUUGGAGGAAAUGAAAAUGUUGUCGGUACGGAGGGCGCUCCAGGAGUUGGGGCUGAGGCUCAGGUUUCACCUGGUCCGAGAUAUCGGUCGCCAGUAUCCGGUCUUCUGCUUCAUAAUUGUGCUGCUCACCCUUUCCACGCUGCUGUUUAACAGGUAUCUUCACAUUCUUCUGAUGUUUUGGUCAUUCCUUGCUGGAGUUAUCACUUUCUACUGUUCACUUGGACCUGACUCGCUUCUGCCCAGUAUUCUCUUCACUAUUGAGCGGAAACCAAAGCAGCUGGAACAGCAAGAACUGUUUCCCCAAGGUCAUAGCUGUGCUGUCUGUGGGAAAGUCAAAUGUAAAAGACAUAAGGCCACACUACUAUUGGAAAACUAUCAACCGUGGCUGGGUUUGACAAUUAGUUCAAAGGUGGAUGCAUCUCUGUCUGAAAUACUGGAGCUGGUGAUUGAAAACUUUGUACACCCUUGGUAUAGGGACUUGACUGAUGAUGAAGCCUUUAUUGAUGAACUCAGAGUAACUUUGCACUUCUUUGCAGCUGUUCUAGUCCGUAGAGCUCAGAAGGUUGAUUUUCCAGUCCUCGUAAACCAGAAAUUGUUAAAAGCAGCAAUGAAGCACAUUGAAGUCAUAUCAAAAGCAAGACAAAAAGUAAAACAUAGUGAAUAUUUACAACAAGCUGCACUGGAAGAGUAUGGGCCAGAUCUGCAUCUGGCUCUGAGAAGCCGUAGGGAUGAACUCCUAUAUCUCAGGAAAUUGACUGAGCUGCUAUUCCCAUACAUUCUACCACCAAAAGCCACAGAAUGCAGAUCUCUAGCCUUGCUAAUUCAAGAAGUUCUGGCUGGAUCAGUGUUUCUCCCCUCUCUGGACUUUUUGGCUGAUCCGGACACUGUGAACCAUCUAUUGCUGAUUUUCAUAGACGAUAGUCCGCCGGAACCAGCGACUGAGCCCCCCUCUCCCUUGGUUCCCUUUCUGCAGAAAUAUGCUGAUGCAAGAAAUAAAGCCCAAUCGGCCCUAAAACUUGAGUUAAAGGAGAUAAGAGAGCAACAGGAUCUGCUCUUCUGGUUCAUGAACUUUCUGAAGCAAGAGGGUGCAGUGCAUGUGCUACAGUUCUGUUUCACUGUAGAGGAAUUCAAUGACCGGAUCUUGCGUCCAGAGUUGACUGACAACGAGAAGCAAACUCUUCAUGAGGAAGUGAAGAAAAUUUAUGAGACAUAUUGUCUUGAUGAGAGUAUCGAUAAAAUCAAAUUUGAUCCCUUUAUCAUAGAAGAGAUACAACAGGUUGCAGAAGGAUCCUAUGGGGAUGUAGUGAAACUUCAGACCAUGCGCUGUUUGUUUGAAGCUUAUGAACAUGUCAUGAAUCUGCUUGAAACAGUUUUUACACCUAUGUUCUGCCACAGUGAUGAGUAUUUCAGAUAUUUGUUGAAAGGAGCAGAGUCACCUACACGCAACUCCAAGUCCAAUAGAAGUAGCCUGAAUUUGGAUGAUUUUCGCACCAAACAGGAAUUUAAACGGGGCACUGAAUCUGCAUCUCUAGGGCAAGCUACCUCCAUGAAUCAAGGGUCUUCAUCAGCAUCUGUUUUUCCUCAUGUCCAGUCAAUUCUAACUCUUCCAUCUGGCAUUUUACCUUCUCUCCCUGCUGCUAUAACGGGCUCCAAUAAACGUGGAGAAUCUUUUGGAAUAAGUCGAAUAGGCAGCAAGCUCAAAGGAGUCUUUAAAAGUACAACGAUGGAAGGAGCUAUGUUGCCUAACUAUGGAUUACCAGCAGGAGAUGAUGACCUUGUUGAAGAAGCAACUGUUGUGUCUGAGGAUGAUCUACUUGAAGAACUGGCAAUCACUCCCAAUGCUCAGCGUAACCUCUCUGCAUGGAAAAUAAGCAUUCCAUUUCUAGACUUAUACUUUGACAGUAAAAAAGAGAAAGUCCCAGUCUUCUGUAUUGAGGUGGAUCGAAAUGAAGAAGGUUCAGAGGGACGUGAAAGUGUUUACCGAAGAUAUUUUGAAUUUUAUGUCCUUGAGUCGAAGCUUACAGAAUUUCAUGGAUCUUUCCCGGAUGCACAGCUUCCCUCAAAGAGACUCAUUGGAUCCAAGAACUUUGAUUUCCUGAACUCUAAACGAGAGGAGUUUCAGGAAUACCUGCAGAAUUUGUUGAAACAUCCAGAACUAAGUAACAGCCAACUUCUGGCCGACUUUCUGUCCCCCGAUGGCUGUGAAUCUCAGUUUCUUGAGAAAAUUCUUCCAGAUGUAAACCUGGGAAAGAUUAUCAAGUCUGUCCCUGGAAAACUGAUAAAGGAGAAAGGCCAACAUCUGGAGUUAUUCCUCACAGCAUUCAUCAACUCGUGUGAGGCUCCCAAACCUAAACCAAGCAGGCCGGAGCUCACUAUUCUCAGUCCUACUUCGGAAAAUGACAAGAAACUCUAUAAUGACUUGUACAAAAAUAAUGCCAAUCGCUCUGAAAGUAUAGAGAAAAAGUACAACCAGAACUACUUCAUGGAAAUGAUGACAUUAGAUGGCAUCUAUGAUUACCUGAUGUAUGUGGGACGUGUUGUUUUUCACAUGCCAGAUUGGCUGCAUCAUUUGUUAAUGGGUGUACGGAUUCUCUUUAAGAACACACUUGAAGCGUAUUCAGACAAUUACCUUCAGCAUAAGCUGAGCCAGUUGCUACAAGAGCAUCGAGUAGUCUCCCUUAUAACCCUGCUGAGAGAUUCAGUCUUCUGUGAGAAUACUGAACCUCGCUCCAUUGAAGGCAGACAAAGGAGAGCAAAACAAACUUUUGACGAAAUGAUGAACUACAUUCCUGAUUUUUUUGUGAAGUGUAUUGGGGAAGAAGCCAAGUACGAGGGAAUUAGACUACUGUUUGAAGGACUGCAGCAGCCAGUGCUCAACAAACAGCUGACAUAUGUAUUGCUGGACAUAGUACUGCAGGAGCUGUUUCCUGAACUCAGUAAGGUGCAGAAAGAGGCAGCAUCUGCUUCCCUGUGGAAAUGAAGAAUACUGCUACCCAUUUCCCUAUGAGAGACCUUUUUUUAGGAGCUGGAGUGCAAUAGAGCCAUGCUGUUUAUAUUCCGUGGAAUUAUGUGUAUGAAUGCUGAAUAUUUUUAGUGAGACUUGUGUGUAAGUAAAUGUGAACAUUAAUUUUAUGAAAUUUGUGCUGUGAAUGUGAACAUUAAUUUUAUUUGAAAAAUGCUGAUUUAUUUUCUGAACAUGUGUGCAUUCCACUACACCACACCAAUAAAGGAUACUGCAUCAUUGUAUUGUGGAAACCCGGAUAAUCCAGUGACUUUAUCUAUAGUUGGAUUGAGCAUUAAGUCUAAUGCUCUAGAAGACUGAGUUAAGCAAAAUUUGUGUAUUGUUUUGUAAUCUGAUCCAGACAGAUUGGCAAGUAGACAAUAUGCCGAUCUUGUUGAUGCACAUGGAAUGUGGCUGGUCUGAGACCUUGAUAGCACUGGAUUUGAAUUUACAAAUGCAUAAUAGAAUAUAGACAGAAGCCCAUUGAAGUGUUGUGAGCAGACGAUGGUUGCACUGCCAAGAUCAUGUGGAAUGAAUCCAAAUGGCUGAAGACUGACUUCUGUGAUGGUGGGAAUCUCAGGAGGAGGCCAAAGUGAUCACCUGCUUGGCUGAUAAUGGUUUCAAAUGCUCCAGUCUUGUCUUUUGCAUUAGUGUGCUGGGCUUUGCCAGCUUUCAGGAUGAGGAUAGUCAUGGAGUCUCCUUUUAUUAGUUGUUUACUUGUCCACCAUCAUUCACCUCUGCUACAGCAAGACUGCAGAGGCUUGAUCCUAUCUGUUGGUUAUUGGAUCGCUUAGCUCUGUCUAUUGUAUGCUGCUUCUACUGUUGACACGCAUGUAGGCCUGCCUCGUUGCUUUCCCAGGUUAGUACCUCAUUUUUCGAUAUGCCUGGUGGUGCACCUGGCAUGCUCUCCUACAGAUCUCAUUGAAGAUUGAGGGAUAUACUGGGCAGUUUGGGGUGAUGUAACCUUUCUCCUGCUGAUGCUGUCCCUCAGUGCCUCAUAGAUGCCCAGUUUUAUCUACCGCAUUUAACACAGUAGUGCCAAGCAACUGGAUAAAGUUUGUGCUCAGAGUAAAGAUGAGACCACUGUGCAGUGGUCUUUCCGACCAAUACUGUCAUGAAUAGAUACAUCUGUGAAGGUAGAUUGAUGAAGUCAAGUAUAUUUUUCCCUUGUGCUGGUUCUCUGACCAUCUGCACAGUUCCCAUCUGGUAGUUGUGUCCUUCAGGAUUCAGUCAGCUCAGUCAACAGUGGUGCUACUGAACCAAUCUUGUUGACGGACAUUGAAGUCCCCUAUCCACAGUACAUUCUGAACCCUUGCUAUACCCUGGCGUUCAACAAGGAGUAGCACUAAUUCUUUAGUUGAGAGAGGGUGGUAGGCGGUAAUCAGCCAGUGGUUUUCUUGCCCAUGUUUGACCUGAUGCCAUGAGAUUUCAUGAGGUCUGGAAUAUUCCCAGGGGCACUACAUCCUGACUGUGUACCAGUGUACCAUUACCUCUGUACUAUCUGUCCUUCCUGUGGUGAGACAGUACAAUGGCCAGGAUUGGCAAUUGAGGAUUCUGGGAUAUUGGCUGAAAGGCAUGAUUCUGUGAAUAUGGCUUUGUCAGGUUGAUGCUUGUCUAGUCUGUGGGACAGUUUGCCCAAUUUUGGCAGAAGUUCCCAGAUGUUAAUGAGGAUAACAAUGCAGUUCAUGUUAAACUGGAGUGUUGCGCACUCAUAAUAUGGAUUGUGGUCCAAUCAGUAAGAAACAACCUCUAAUGUAAACAAUGACCAAAGUACCUCUGGAUUAAAAAGUAUUUUUAAAAAAAA